AAAAUGUAAGAGAUUCAGAGUCUGUCCCUGGAAGCUGAGCGGUGUGCGAAUCGUGAGGCUUCAGGUAGGCUCUCCAGGAGCCUCCUGUUAAUAAACUGUUUUUUUUUGUUGUUGUUUUGAGAGAAUCUAAGACUCCUGUUGAACCUUCCUUAACUGCAGUAUAUGGAUAAUUAUUUCGGUUUGUAUGCAACACGUGACACAACCUCUUUUUUUGUUUUUUUUCUAAAGAGAGAUUAUCAGUUUAUUAGACAUUAGUGUCUCACUUGUUGAAGAGGAACAAUGAUGAUCACUGUCGUUAUCUCUCUUUGUCUUUUUGUAACGGUAAAACCGUAUCCAGAUGGUCUUCAAGUGCAAACAGAGAAGAUUGGAGAAAAUGUUACAAUAAAAUGUGAGGAGAGCUUCAUCAAAGACAACCAUCAGUUUAGUUAUGCUUGGUAUAAGCAGAGUUAUGGAAAGCUGCCUCAGCCUGUUGUGAGAUUAGUUAACAAUAAUUUAAACGUCAGAUACAAUCGACAAUUUCAACAGCGCUUUACUGCGACUCUGAAAGGAGAUCAGUUUGUUCUCAACAUUAAUGAAACUGUAGAAGAAGAUUCUGGAACAUAUUUCUGUGUGAGAGUGAAGACUGAUGUUACAGAGUUUGGAUCUGGAACACUUCUGUUCUUUAAUGAAGAAAAGUCUCAGAAGGGAACUCUGACUGAACUAAAGGUGAAAAGUGGAAAAUCUGCAGGUUCACUCCAGUGUUCAGUACUAAUGGCUACUUUAAGCUGUUCAGGAGAUCACAGUGUGUACUGGUUCAGACCCGACUCAGGAGAACCUCGUCCAGGAAUCAUCUUCACUCAUGGAAACUUCAGCAGUCAGUGUGCAGGGAGUUCUGAGGAAGGAUGAAGACACAGAUGCCUUGAACUACGCAGCGAUACAAUUCAGAAACAAGCCGCCUCCCUCUAGAACACCCAGAUCUCCUCCCUCCAGAACACCCAGAGUCCAGGAAAGUCAAGAUAUUUAUUCCCAAGUCAAAGUGCGAUAGAGAAUGGGAAAUUAACUUUAAUUCAUAUAUAUAUAUAUAUAUAUAUAUAUAUAUAUAUAUAUAUAUAUAUGCACUGGAUAUUGGAAUAAAUAAUUUUUUGUUACUAAUCGAUAUUUAAAUUUAAAUAAAGUAAUCCAUUUUAGAUUCAAUAGAUUCAAUUAUAUGUGAGUGGUACAUGUGAGUUGUGUCAAUCACUUACAAAAUUCCUUGUAUCAAUUACAGCUUUAGGUCAUAUAUCAGCAUAAAUAAAAAUGAUCUACCUUCUAAUCACAGUUAAUCACAUAUUUCCUUUUUUAUUAGGAGUAUGUUUUAAAAAUGGAUAUUUAUAUCUAAAUAAAAUUAUCCAUUUUGGAUUAAAUUCAUUUUAUUCUAUAAAUAUUUUACACCAUAUAUUUGAAAUCUUAUUUGACAAAGUUCUACAAAACUCAUGUGCGUUCAUCUAACUAAUAGUGAAGUAAAUGCAUGUUUAAAAUGUUGCUUUCAACAUAUUUGAAAUAAUAUCAGAAGUAUUGUCAGUUCAUUACACUGUAUCUGAUUUCAGGGUUUAGAAACAGAUUUCUUGUAUUCUACAGUGAUUAUCAGCUUAUCAGUUACUUUCUGUGUUAACUGAAAGUCAAUUAAAGGAAUGUGACAAAAGUCAUCGGAUAGCAGUUUGUAAAUGGAUGAUGAAAUGUUAAAUCAGGGGAUGGCUUGGGAAAUGCCCACACCUGUGUAGGUUGUGAUGUUUGUUGUGAUCUUGUGAAUGAUGCUGAACACUGAGCUGUGAGUUUAUGAAUGAUCAGAGUUAAUGCGAGGUCUGAUAGUGGAUAAAAGUGAGAUAGAUGGGACUUUAUUUUGAAGACAUUUUUCAGGCUUUUAAAUUCCUCAAUCCAUAGCAUCACUUGGAGUUGUACUGGGAAUACUUCCAAAAUAGGCAUUACCACCCACAGUGGACAGAGCAGUUGGUUGUAAUGAUCUUGGUUGGCGAUGUCUGAUGUCUAGGACUGUUCAUGCAUUCAGACAAGAGACAACCAUACACAGUUAAUGCAGGAGACCACACACACACACACACACAUCCUGCACAUCAGUGUAGUGUUCCUUUGCCUCCACUGGACAUGGUUAAAUGACAUGAUACUAGCUCUGGUUUAAUGACUUCUGGCACGUUAAUGUAUAUACUGCUAGUGUUUGUAAUCUACUAAUCCAUGUACUACACACAUGUAUCAGUAUCAUAAUGCUAUUGAAAUUUUAUCUUUGUUUGAAAUAAGUUUUUUUAAUAUAUGUUCUUGUGUUGCUAAUAAAUAUAUGAUAAACCAUGAAGUGCAAUGAGCAUUUGUUACAGACAAAUAAAUAGAAUAUCUGUGUGUUAAUGAA